ACGGGUAUUUUUGCUUGCCCCCGAGUUUUAGAUUUUUCUUGUAUUUUGAAUUAAUUUCUAGUAAUUUUUGAGGAUUUUAGUUACCAUGUGACAUAUUCACCAUUUAUCGUAGUCUAAGUGCUAUAAACUAAGUGUUAGUGUUAAAAUCUUAAAAUAUAGAGUUAUCCGUGUACCGCUAUUCUUAGACCAAAAAUGUCUAAACCACAAAUAAAUACGAAAUCCAGCACGUAUCUUAAGGAUAAGGAGGCAUUUCUGAAGGAAUUAAAGCAGUUUAACGACAGCAAAGGAAUACCAUUUAAGACUCCGUCAGUAAAUGCCAUUGAUAUAGACUUGUAUCUAUUCUAUACACUGGUACAACAGCGAGGUGGUAUUAGUAAGGUAAAUUUGUAUGAUUUGUGGGAUUCAUUUCUGCGCCCCCUGCGAUUGCCACACCCUUGCAUCAAUGGCUCAACAUUGCUGAGAAGAAUAUAUGGGACAUAUCUAGAGAAGUAUGAGAAAGCUAAGGGCCCUCCAAGUAGAGAUGACGAUAAUGACCUAGAUGAAGACCUCAGAACUACCAGAGGGAGAGGCAGAGACCCACCGAGGACACCACAUGGAGGGGGGCAAUACUAUUCUGCAUCUGGCGAGCCGAUUCGCACAGCGCAGACUCGCGUGGCCGGGCCCUCAGAGCGCCUCGCCCUGUCUCUCCUAUCACCCAUGCCUAAUGAGCAGGACUUUGCAGUCAAUGUGUGCACAGUGCUUGCUGCAGACCACUCCAACCGAAUGCCUUUGGGAUCAACUCCGCAUAUAUUGGACUUCUUACUAGCACAUGCUGGUGUUUAUAAUCAUGGAAGUCUCCGAGACACAAUCGGUCGCUCCUACUUCGAGGCCCGCGGCCGCUACCCGCACGAGUUCUGGCAGCUCCGCGCCGGCGGCGGCGGCGCCAAAGAACUCGCCGACGAAACCAAGUUCUCACAACUUACUGGCGACCAGCCGGAGCUGAUGGUGCAGGCUUUAGCGGCCCAGAACACAUUGACGGACUGUCUCAUGAAUGAGUGCGGAGGAGAGGAAUUGAUUAAGGAAAUUAUCGAGGAGGAACCACACGAAGACUGGGUAACAGAGCCCUCAGAGGACGAACAGCUGUUCGCCCCCGAGCUCCCAGGCGGCGCGUCUUGCGUAUACACGCAACGCGUCCUCCAAAUAGCCUCCAUAGUCCGCUCUCUGUCGUUCCACGACGAAAACGUCCAGUAUUUGGCGAAAAAUACUACGCUGAUAAGGUUUCUGCUGCUGUGUGCCAAUUGCUGGGUGGGCAGUCUCCGGCAGUCGGGGUUGGACGCGCUUGGGAAUAUCUCCACUGAACUCAUUAUAAAGGACCCAGCGACCUGCCUCAUCUCUCGUCACAUCCUCUCCACAAUUCAAUCGGCACUGGUCUCCAACGAUCGUGCCAGGGUGCUGGCAGCAUUAGAAUUGCUCAAUAAGUUGGCUCAGAACGAAGCGAAUGAAGACGCUUUACUCAGAUCUUUGGAGGCUAAGGUGUACCACGACGUGUGCUCCCUCCUGACGCUGCGCGACAUCAUGGUGCUGGUGUGCACGCUGGAGUGCGUGUACGCGCUGACGUCGCUCGGCGACCGCGCGGGCGAGUGCGUGGCGCGCGUGCCCGGCCUGGUCGCCACGCUCGUGUCGCUCGUCACCGUCGAGGCACAAAGCUACGGGCCCCGUGCCUGCAUCCUCAUGCGGGUGGUAGAGACCGUGAGCGGGCCGAGCGCCGUGGCCGCCGCCGAGCGCGAGCAGGAGCGGCACAACCCGCCGACGCAGCUACAGGCGGUGCCGAUGCCGUCGACGCCGACGAAGGCAGUCGAGGUACCGGCGCAAUCGCAACCUCCGCAGCCCGCAGCGCCGCCCAAUAGCAUCCAGCAUUCACACAUGCAACAACGUACUGUUCAGGAAAACGAGCACUUCGCCCAAGCGUGGCUCCGUAACACAUACGAGGCGCUUCCAGUCGGCGACAACAGCAGUUGCGACGCCCCAGAACUGUACCGGCAUUACCUCGCCUGCUGCGCCAAGCUCAACAGGAAGGGGCUCAUCGCGCCCGCCAACCUGUCGCGACUUGUCAGGACCGUGUUCGGUGGCACCGUGGGCCCUAACACGAUCACGCUGCCGUCGGGCGAGACGCAACAAGUCUACAUCGGCAUUCGAGCUAAGAACACGCAGAACAGAAAUCCACCGGCGGGACCCGCAUCACCAAUAUUGAAAGCGCAGCUGACGAAUAAGACGGCAACGGUAGAAGUCAAACCUGCCGUAUCGCAACCGCAGGCCGCGCCCCAACCGCAGCACUCGCAGCUGUCGCACGCGCUCGAUGCGAACGCGACCAACACAACUCUAAUAAAACACCUGCUCGCCAAUAAAGUAAGCCCCGCCCUACAAACGCAACAAGUAGCGCAAAGACAGCAAAACCAGCAAAGGGGCGGUCCGUCCGGCACAGUCGUAGUACAGGCUAACCAAUCGGUAAUGGACAUGGACCCAGAGGCAUUGAUAAAAUGUACAACGAUCACACCGGGGGGAAUUGCCAGUAGCACACCUACCAUUCAAGGCGAUAAGGUGCUGAUUAAAACUGAGGAAAAUACGGCUGUAAAAGAUGAACCAAUACAAAUAACGAUCGACGACCAGGCGCAACUGACUUUAAAGUCGGCGCAAAACAAAAUGCUAGCGGACCUUCUAGAGAAAAAAUCCAACCCGCCCGUCCAGGUCGUCCAAAUGGGCCCCCACAUGAACGCACCCACCAUCCAGAUCACAGAAACCGGACAGAUAGUGCAAGUGAAACCUGAUGCCAACUCCGUCAUACAAUACAACGAGAAUAUAGUCGCGCAAGGCAGCCAAUACUUCCAAAUAAAGAAUGAGCAAGGGCAACUAAUUCAAAUAAAGAACGAACAGGGACAAAUAAUACAGCUGAAAACCGACCAAUUACAAAAUCCGUUGAUACAGUACAAAAAUGACCAGGGGCAGGUUAUGCAGACGAAUCAGAUUAUUCAGAGCGUGAUUCAAAGUCAGGUGAAGGAGGAAGGUGAAUAUAAUGAACCGCCUAAUAAGAGGGUGAAGGUUGAAACCAAACCUGAGACCCCACCUCAAGAAAUUGUAUCGAAGACUGCGGCGAAUCUCUAUGCAGCGCUGGCUGCAUCCGCUCUGGAAGACGAAGAUGAUUUGGUGCCGGUGAAGCAAGAAUCUAUGGACGUGAUCCAACCGCAAGUCAUGGUCGGCGGCACUGAGCAGACUGGCUCUGUUAUCAUACAGGAACCUAUUUUACAGGUCCAACAGCCAACACUGCAAGUGCAGCAGCCCACGUUGCAGGUGCAACAACCGACGCUGCAAAUGCAACAUCAACAGAUGCAGCAACCGACCUUGCAGGUCCAACAGCCCAUGUUGCAAGUGCAGCCGAUGGAUGUGCAGAACAUUCUUACCUCGCAAUCCGGACAGCUAAUUCUGCAAGAAAAAUUAACCUCGCCGCCUCCGCAGUUCGUUCAACAACCAAUGCAAAUCAUCGCCACUCCUGGAUCAUCCCAAGGUCUUAGUUAUAUCACUCAAAAUAUGUCCGGAAAUAUGAUGCAAAAGACAAUUAUUAUAGUACAAGGACCGACAGGCGGAGGUCCACUUACAUUAACGGUGAACAACCCUGGCGGGCUGGACGAGCAGACGUUAAACAGCCUUAUUGCCCAGGCCACAGAGGCGAUAACCCAACAGCAAAUCAUUCAGAACUCAGGCGUGAUACAAUCCGCACAGAGGGUGAUAGUGAGUCAGCCGACGUUAGUGAGCACAGCACAGCCUAUCACGGUCGUUAAGACUAUGGCGCAGCAGAACGCCCCUCAACUGACAGCGAGCCAGCAACCAAUAAUAACCACCCAGCCCCAACCACAUAAAGCGCAAAUCGUUAACCAACCACUUAUGGUUACCCAGAAACAACCACCGGCUUUAAUAAGCACGUCGACGAGCAACCAGAUAAUGACGGGUAGCCCUCAGAUUAUUCCGGGCAACCAGCAAAUUAUAGUGUCUAACAACCAGCAGAUUAUUAUGAACGCGCCGAUUAAGCAAGGUGUGCAUAGGGUGGUACAGCAACCACAGCAGAGGCCGCAGGUGGUUACCAAUGUUAGCGUCAACCAGCCGGCGCAGGAAGAUAAAUCUAGUGUAAUUAAGACUACGAAGUCAGCUUCACAACCGCAAGUACGACAAGUGAUAACCCGGCAACCAGUUAUGGUCGGGAACACUAAAAUAGGAGAUCGCGAAGUGGUCGUCAAUCAACCUGUGACGCCAGAGAAGCCAGCCGCCCCAGCCACGCCAAAGCCUGCCGCCACGCCGCCACCCACACCGAUACAGAACGCGCAAGAUGACACGCCAUGGAUCUGCCACUGGCGGGGAUGUGGCAAAACGUUUUUGAACGCGUCGGAAGUGUUCGCGCACGCAGCGCACACGCACGCGCACGCCGCGGGCGGCGCGAGCGGCGAGACCCCUUGCCUCUGGCUCGACUGCGACCGCGUGCCUCGACGGACGUUCGCGCUGCUCAACCAUCUCACCGACAAGCACUGCUCACCGCAGGCACUGAAAGCGUUGUUCAACUCUCGUCGUCACGCCGCGGCCGAGUCAGAAGCGAGCAAGCCGGUGGUGCUCGGGUACCCGCCGAACGCCGCGCUCGCGGCCCUCAACAAACAUGCAGCUGACAUGUUCAACCCUAGGGAGCUUAUGCACCGAGCGGUCAGUCGCACGCCGGAGCAACUGGACGAGAACGAAGGCCCGGUCACCAAGAGCAUCCGCCUGACUGCCGCCCUGAUUCUCAGGAAUAUAGUCAUUUACUCCAAUACGGGACGACGCCAACUGCGUUCAUACGAAGCGCACCUAGCGACAAUAGCGCUCAGCAGCGUGGAGGCCUCCCGGACCAUUGCCCAAGUGCUAUAUGACAUGAACAACAUCUGAGAAUCGUAACCGGGCGGCGGCCCGCCUUCAUUCGGUAUCGAGUCUGCAGAUACUUGCUUGUACAUAGUUCCUUGAACUGAUCUUAACACAUUCGCGGACACGAAUGCUAUAGCAUUUGCGUAGUCUUUUGUUUCCUUUGGCCUAUGACACAUGACGUGACUUACCGUCCGCGAACGUGUAAAUAUAUUAUGAACUACCGUAAAAUGAGGUAACUUUAGUCCACAACUUACAACUAUGGUCCAAAUUCAAGUUCCAGUAAAAUAUAUAUAUAUAUAUAAGUAUUUUUUAAAUUAUGUUGAAUAUAUGUAUAAUAUAGAAAUAGGCAUUAGUGUAUCUAAGCUCCGAAAAAAAUGUAACGAGUAUAAAUAAUAAAGGCUCGUUAAGAAUCAACGUUAAAAACUGGACCAUAGUUGUACUUAAGGACUAUAGUUACCUGUGUUUAUGGUACGUAUCAUGCCUUAUCAGUAAUUGAGAUCAUAUCAAGUGCUGUACUAUAUCAACAUCUGACCUGCUAACAUGAGUUGCGUUCUCGCGCGCGACUCAAUACAUCUAACGUGAACGUGACUUAAAUUUUUUGUUAAAGUAAUCUCGAGUCUGCGGCUACUCGUGUGGAAAAACUUCGGAUACUUUCCCACUUAGGUAUGGGAAAUAAGACUUCAGUUUCUAAAAGGGAAUAUUUCGUUCCCCAUACAAAGGUUUGAAAAUCUACGAAAUUAUUUCACACGGAAAAUUUGUCAAUCCUGAAACUGGAAACUUUAAUUUUUGUUUUUUUUUUUUCUGAAAACUAAUUUUUUGAAGUUAUCUUCAAUAUCUUUAUAGUAUUAUCCCUCAGUAAUAUUGAGACUGGAUUUAUUAUGGAUAUGAUCUGACGUCAACUGACGUUCCAUACAGACAGGACAGGUCGUAAUUCAUUGUAAUAACCUGUUAUCCUUAUCAAGCUGUAAUAAGAUCUUUGAAUAACUAAACUUGACAUUUAGACUUCCUUAAUUAUAUUGGAAUACCUAAUGUAAAGCCAUUUUCGUUUAUCUGUUAUAGCUUCGAUAGAAAGUUAUAUUGUCGAAUUUAAACUGUUGUGAGACAUACUAACAUUAAAUACACGGUCGAUGUACGCAAUACACGGUCGCCGUGAACGCUGCUCGCACUAUUAGUGCUUGAGAAAGGAGAUCUAGGCUCUCCGAAACAUGUCGCGCGAGUGACUAAAACAAGUGAGUCUAACCGUGAAAUUAUUUAAAGUUAUAUAGUCAUUGUAUGAAUGUAUACAAUUGAUAAAAUACAUCCCGUUUUCGUGCGUUAGUUGAUUUUUAGGAAACUGUUUUUAUAUCGCAGGCAUGGAAUGGAAUGGAAUGACAGUUCGAUUAGGUAGCCAAUCUACCUAGAUUACAGAAUACGUUAGUACAUAUUCUGCUAAUGUGUCAUUUCAGUACAAUACCAGAUAGAUUGAGCAAACAAAGGAAUGGAAUGACAGUUCGAUUAGGUAGCCAAUCUUAGUACCUAGAUUACAGAAUACGUUAGAUUAUAUUCUGCUAAUGUGUCAUUUUAAUACAAUACCAGAUAGAUUGAGCAAACAAACUAUCAUAGUAGUUGGGAUAUAAAAGCAGGGUUUACUUAAAUCACAGUUCUAAGAUUUUUGUGAAAUAUUAUAUAUGGAAUUUCACUAGAGCAACAAGCUUUAAAUCAAUUUUUAAGGUGCGUUGGGGUAAGAUUGAACGGGUUUUUCAUGAGGGGGAAGACAAAC